AUGUCGGGAAUAAAUGGCUCUUCAAGCUUCGUUGCAUGUAAAGGGACUACUUCCCGUUUCUGCUUCUUGGGUAUUUAUACAGAAGAAUCUCGGUCGACCUUUUCCAGAUCCUCCUCCUGCCGCUCUCAAUCCAAAUUCAAACAACACGCAGCAAGCAAGAGGAGACAGAGGACACAGGGUAAAAUGAACGAAGAGAUAACCUACAGAAAAUAA